AUGCCAUCAAUUGAAGCUCUAGCAAUGGCAGGUGUGGACUGCGUGGAGUUUUGCAUCAGCCUCGAAGAGAGGGAGCGUCGAGAUGUCGAGAAGACUCCGCAGUAUCUUCUGGCCGAUCAAGGUGGAGAAGGGGAGAUCAGAAUUCAUGAGAAGAAUAAGUUGAUGGGAAGCUCAGUGCCGUUAUCAGUCAAAGAAUCAACAAUGGCACAGGGCAACAAUCCUGGAACCAUGGACCAUAGACUUGGAAGGGAAACAUCAGUUGUUUCACCAUCAGAACACGUUGAUAUGAAAUGCAAAUAG